CAAUCACACCCGCCGGCUGGAAAGAGGAUGUGAUAAAUGAAUCUGUCAUUCAGGAACUUCACUGGAAAGAAAACUUAGAGAAGUCUCCGUUUGUAAUGUGUUUUUAUAAAGCGUCGUUUGAUUUCAUUCCAAUGUUUUUAUUCUGUCCUCGUUGAGGAGGAAGUCGUUUUUUCUCGGGUGUUUAGUCUCUUCGUUUGAAGGCCUGACAACAUGAUGCCGGAUGGUGCAAUCAUGGCCCUGCUGCUUCUGGUGUCAGGAGUUUCUGCUGCUGUUGAAGUUCCUCCUCCAGAAAACCUGACUGUGAGCUGCUCGAACCUCAACGUGUCGGUGAGCUGGGAUUUCAGCGGGGAUCAAACCCAGACGAAAUUCAAGAUAGACGUCAAAAGUUCUGCAAACACAAAAGGACAUUCAUCUUUGGUGAGCAAGCGUCACUUUGAUCUGAGCCAAAUCGUCUGGGAAUCCAAAAACUACUUCAUGGAGUACUACGCCGUCAAUGUGACAGCGAUACAGGGAGACCACAAGUCUAAUGACACAGGAACGAGCUUCAGCUUCAACACCUUAAAGUCCGUAUUUGUAAAAUGUGAGUUGGAUUUCCCCCCUGUGGAUCUGAUGGAGACAGAUUCAGGAGCCACGCUUCUCUUCAUGAAUCCUCUCCGCUUCUACAAAAAACUGAAUCAGAGUUACGAAGCAGAGGCUGUCCCCUUUUCAUUCAUUGCCUCUUCCAAAACUAAUGAAACAGGAGUUUGCAAAGUCAAAGACGAAAACUGCAAACUUGAUAUUCCGUUUGCUGCGGACGCGGAGAAGUGUGUGACGCUGAAGGGACAGCUGGUUCAUAGUGCCAGUCGGGACAAUUUCGUGUUCAGAAAGACCGGACUAAUCUGUGCCGAAGAAGCAGAGGGGGACUUUACGGUGGCAAUGGUUGUAAUGCUGUUCAUCCUCGGCAUUGUAAUCACUAUGAUUCUAAUCUUCAUCUUCAAGGUGAAAGCCUGGACGGUGAAGAUCCCCGAGAUACCUCCUUUUCUGAAACCGGGGUGGAACCCCACAAACAAAGUCCUGGCGUACGCUACUGUGUCGCCCGUAGACACCAUUGAUGUGAAUCUGCGCUACAACAUGUGCAACCAACCUUCUGUCAGCUCCGAGGAGGAUUUGACGGAGGAAGGCGAUUGCUCUUGCGUUCUGCAGGUGGAGGAAGAGGAGCAUGACAGGAGAGACAACGGGAGAGACAAUUUGCCGCCUUCUUCUGAGAAUUACUCGGAUGGAAGACUUCUGGAGGAAUCCAGUGGAGAUGAGGAUGAUUCUGCAGAUGACUUGGUGAAAACGGAGAUUGUUUCUAUUGACGUGGAGGAGAAGGAGGACGAGGAUGAUAUGGGGGGUACAGUUUACAUGAAGAGGUGAAAACAAACCAAAAAGACAACUUUAUUUUGCAUUAAAAGUCUUUUACUCGUAGUUUUCACCUCCCUAUACUUUGCAUGACAAACAAGUGCGCUCAUGGAGGUGGUGCCUUCUCUCAAGAAGGGACAGUCCUGUUAAACAUCUACCAAUGUUUAAGGAGAUCUCUGGUUUGCCUUGUGGCUAUUUUGAAGGAAAAAUGCUAAUAGUGCUACAUGAAAUCUCACUGCUGCAACACAAACAGGAUUACAUAUUUCAGCCUGUUUCUUCCAGUCCUCUGAACACCUCUGACCCUCAUCCUCGCUCAGCUCCUCUGGCGUUUUAUCAGCUGCAGAAUCUUACUUUGAAACACUACGUGGAUUUUUACCGCAAUGGAGCAACCCCCAAAAGAAGUAUAUUAUUAUAUUAUAUCGGCUAAAACUGAUACCAAUUGUGCCGCUGUUGUUCAUGAAGUGAAGGGCUCCAUUCGUGUUUUAUAUUUAUGGGUUCGGUUCUUUCUUCAAUCAAGUGGUAUGUAGAUAUGUAAAUAGUUUUUUAGCUUAUUUGCCCGGGUCUGGAGGAAGAUGUGUGAUCAAAUGUAAUCUCUUUUAAGAAAUAUUGUCCCACAUAUAUCAAGAGAGGGACUACUUCUUUGUCAGAAAGUAGUUCCAAUGGUAACGGCAAAGGUCAGCAUUGUCAGUAAAAAACAACCUGGAACUUAUUUAUAUUUUUAAAAGCAAUUUAACUUGGAGCGCAAUAAAAAAAAACUACCUACUAAGUUAAAUGGGAAUUAAAAAAACGUGUUUACUGGUCUCACUGUGUUCAGGGAGCACGUAACACACUGUGGACCUUCCGCUCUUGGCAACAGAUUGAGGCGUUAAAAAUACCUCUGUGCCACACCUGGAAAUGCAACUGCACUUAUCGCUGUCUGACCUGUAGAACUGGCUUUGAUGUGACGUGAUGUGUGGGAGUUUUUCUUUUGUUUGCAUCAAGAGGACAAUGUUUUUGUUGAAGUGCUUCAGGGCUGCUCAUAUUUUUUAUAGCUGUGAUAAAUUCUGUUCUGUGUAAAAGUGCUUUUUAAACGGUUGUUUUAAAUGCUACGGCAGAAGAUAAGGGCCACAUGUGAAAACGUUUUCCUUUUUCUUCUAAGCAUUUUGCAAUUUUUGUGAGUUUUGAGGAAAAAACAAUCGGGAGUUCUGAAAAGAAAAUCUCCACCGAGAUUUCUCAGAUUAAAUAACUUCUUUUCUCAGAAUUCUGACUUUAAUUUCAGAAUUUCUUCCAGAAUCCUGAAAUUUCAGUCAGAAUUCCCAGCUUUUCCUGAAAAUUUCCUGAAAAUGAAACACUUUUCCUCUGAAUUCUGGGAUCGAACAGAUUUUUUUUUCUCAGAUUUCCCAAAAUAAAAUUCACUUUUCUUCUGACCUCACUGUGGCCCUAAUCCUUUUCCGUAGAACGCGUACCUUUCAAUGCCUUCUCUCAGGGUUAAACACCGAAGCCAAAUAUUUUAUGUUCAUGUGUCAAACACUUGCUGAUAUGAUCUUUGAAUGAAUACCAGUGUGUGACAGGUGAGUCUCGGAUCACCUGUGGGGCAGUUUGAUAAGAUCAACAUGAAACCUCACAACAAAUUGCUUUUUUGUUUUUAAUAAAGAGACAUAAACAAUA